AUUAAUACAAUGGUUAAGAGAUUCGACUGGUAUAAAGGAGAAGAGAACAAGGAAAAGAAGCAACAACCCCAAAACCCAACUAAGCUUAAGGGAAACAUUCAAGCCGGACAGGUCCUUGUAAUUCUCUCAGGAAGAUUCAGAGGAAAGAGAGUUGUCUUCCUUAAACAACUCCACUCUGGAUAUAUUCUUGUCACAGGACCAUACAAGGUUAAUGGCGUGCCAUUGUUAAGACUUCCACAAAAGCAUACCCUCACCACCUCCAAAGUUAUUGAUGUUAACGGAGUCAACACUGGAGACAUCUCUGAUGCUUACUUUAAAAAGGAGGACAAGGUUAAGGGAUCCAAAGAAGAGCAAUUCUUCCAAGACGGAAAGAAGAAGAAAGCCGAAGUUUCUCAAGCCAAGAAAGACACUCAAAAAGCUGUUGAUGCUUCAAUUUUGGCUGCUAUCAAGGGAAAGACCGAAGCUAAAUACCUCAGAGACGUAUUCACCCUCCACAAGGGACAAAAGGCUCAUGAAUUGGUCUUCUAAAUAACGUUGUAAUAAUGCUCUCUUUAGCUACA